ACACGCGGCUCUCUCUCCAUAAAUCUCUUUGUUUCUCUCUCACACAACUUUGUUCAUAUCUCCCACUAUGUGUUUGUACUUUGUUUGAUUGACUAUUAUUUAAAUGAAUCAAGAAAAUGGAGAACAAAUUCGAUUCCGAAAAAGUGAUUGAAGAAUUUGAAUCUUUAACCAAAGAUGCAAAAAGGGUUCAAAUUGAAACUUUAAAGAAAAUCUUGCAAGAAAAUUAUGAAGCAGAAUACUUGAAAAAAUGGAAUCUUGAUGGCAGAUUUGAUCCCCAAACUUACACUUCUUGUGUUCCUGUUGUUACACACAAAGAUCUUGAGCCUUAUAUUCAAAAGAUUGCUGAUGGUGCAUCCUAUCCUGUGCUUACUGGAAAACCAAUAACCACCAUUACAUUAAGCUCUGGAACUACUCAAGGAAAGCCAAAGUUUGUACCUUACAAUGACGAAUUGACCGAAAACACAAUGCAGAUUUACCGGACUUCUUUCGCUUUCCGAAACAGGGCCUUUCCAAUUGGAAAUGGAAAAGCUUUGAGUUUCAUAUUUGGAAGCAAGCAAUUCACAACCAAAGGUGGUUUACUCGCCGGAACCGCGACUACAAACGUAUACCGUAGCGCACAGUUCAAGAAAACGAUGAAGGCGAUGCAAACCCCUUGUUGCAGCCCGGAUGAAGUGAUUUUCGCUCCGGAUUUUCAUCAAUCUUUAUAUUGUCAUUUACUUUGUGGACUUAUUUUUCACGAAGAAAUUCAGAUCAUAUCGUCGACGUUCGCACAUAGCAUCGUCCAUUCGUUUAGGACCUUCGAGCUAGUAUGGGAAGAACUUUGUUCCGACAUCCGAACUGGUGUUUUGUCGGCCAGAAUCACGGUUGAUUCGAUAAGAACCGCCAUGGCGAAGGUAUUGAAACCGAACACCGAACUCGCUGACAAGAUUUACAACAAGUGUUUAGGUUUAACCGAUUGGAACGGAUUGAUCCCGGAACUGUUUCCCAAUUGUAAGUACAUUUAUGCCAUCAUGACCGGGUCAAUGGAGCCGUAUUUGAAAAAACUACGGGUUUAUGCUGGUGGAGUACGGUUGUUGAGUGCGGAUUACGGGUCAUCCGAAGGGUGGAUCGGAGCUAAUGUAAACCCCGAUUUACCUCCUGAGAUGACAUCUUUCGCGGUUUUACCUAAUAUCGGGUAUUUCGAAUUCCUACCAUUGACAAGCAUCGAUGAGUUAGAUUCAAUCGAGCCCAAACCAAUCGGCUUAACCGAUGUCCAACUUGGUGAAGAAUACGAGGUUGUAGUCACCAACUUCGCGGGUUUGUAUCGAUACAGGCUAGGAGACGUGGUUAAGGUUAUCGGGUUCCAUAACUCGACCCCCAAACUCCAGUUUGUUUGUAGAAGAAACCUAAUGCUCACCAUAAACAUCGAUAAGAACACCGAAAAAGAUUUACAAUUAUCGGUCGAAGCAGCUGCAAAACUUCUGGCAGCCGAAAAACUCGAAGUCCUUGACUUUACAAGCCAUGUUGACCUGACCACCGAUCCGGGCCACUAUGUGAUCUUUUGGGAAGUGAGUGGGGAUGCAAGUGAUGAGAUUUUGAAUGAAUGUUGUAAUUGUUUGGACAAGUCGUUUGUCGAUGCGGGAUAUGUGAGCUCGAGAAAAGUCAACGCGAUCGGGCCUCUUGAGCUCCGGGUUUUACGUAGGGGAACCUUUCAGAAGAUUCUGGAUCACUAUGUCGGGUUAGGGUCCGCGUUGAACCAGUUCAAAACACCGCGUUGUGUGGGCCCGACUAACCCGAAAGUGUUGCAAAUUCUUUGCAACAAUGUUGUCAAGAGUUAUGUUAGCAGUAGCUUUUGUUAAGGUAGUUUGUUGUGUUUUGUAAUUUUAUUUUAGAGUAAAUUACUUUUUGAGUCUUCGUGUUUUAAUGGUUUUAACCAUUGGAGUCCAAAAUCAAAAUGUUUAACGCCCUGCAUCCCUAGAUGUUUUUUUAUAACCAUAUGAGUCCUUUUGAGUCCAAUUUGUUUAACAAAAUUGGACUCAAACCGUUAUAAGAUGAACAAAAUUGGACUCAAAACGUUAUAAAAUAAAUGACUAGGGACUCAAGGCGUUAAACUUUUUUAUUUUGGAUUCAAGUGGUCAAAACCAUUAAAACACAGGGAUUCAAGUGAUUCUCAUAGAUGGCUUGAUAUAAUAUAUUUGAAUUGUGUAUAUUUGAAAUAAAACAUCUCUUCUACA